AUGAGCAGCACCACCACCACCGACACCACCACAGCCGCUGCCACGGGUCACCAGGCGUCCUCCUCGCUUGACGGCAUCAUCGAGCAGCUUGGUGAGAUCCAGCGCUCCAUUUACCAAGACGACUCUGAAGAACGGAGCGAUAGCUACUUUGGUAAAGCUGGACAUGCUGCAAGCAGCAAGAGCGCCGACCCUUUUGUCACUCCUGUGCCUGCUGCAAGGGUCAGCUCUUCAUCGUCGUGGCGAAAGCCUGCACCCGCCGACACAAUCGAAGUCACCCACACGUCUCCUACUGCUGCUACACAGGCAGGCGAGGUCGCAAACCCCGGUCACCUCUAUGGACGCAUCACGCGCUUCCUCGAAGAAGUCAAGCCCGCCGAGCACCAUGGUUUUCCCGCCUCCGAGUCGCAGCACAGCCUUCGCACUCCUAACGCAGCCAACAUGCCAGCAGCUGGUGUCUACCAGGCAUCGGGCCACAACUCGACGGUGAACUUAGCACUCAGGUACCGCAAGCCUUUUGCUCAACGUGUCAUUGACGAAGAUGCAGAGGUUUACAAGCCUUGGCUCGAUGACAAGAAGCGCAAGUCGUCGGAUCGCAAAGCUUACUGGAUCUUUGUCGUGUCCGUCACCAUUGGAAUCUUGGGUUCCAUCGCCCUCACGUAUUUUGCGUACGCUUCGGUGCCCAAGGACAAGUACUGCCUCGUGCUAGACGAACAGUUCGACGGCAACACGCUCAACAAGGACAUCUGGUUCCACGAGCAGGAGACCGGCGGAUUCGGCAACAAUGAGUUUGAAUGGACGACCGACUCGACCAACAACUCAUUUAUCGAAAACGGCAAGCUAUACCUCGUGCCUACGCUCACCUCGGAUGCGCUGGGCGAGGCGGCCAUCGUCGACGGCUACGCACUCAAUCUCACCGCCAACGGCCUCUGCACAAGCUCGAACAAGACCGAUACCUAUUGCGCUGUUCGAUCCAACCUGACCACGGGGGUUGUUCUGCCUCCUGUCCAGUCGGCUCGUAUUAUGACCAACUUCUCGCGCGCGAUCAAGUACGGGCGUGUCGAGGUCAAGGCACGCAUGCCCACGGGUGACUGGAUCUGGCCGGCCAUCUGGAUGAUGCCCAAGGACAGCGUCUACGGCGAAUGGCCUCGCUCCGGUGAGAUCGACAUCUUCGAAGGCAAAGGCAACCUCCCCAAGAGCCGCAACGACGACGGCGUCAACAAGAUGCACUCGACACUCCACUACGGACCCAACACCAUCUUUGACGGCUACGGCUAUGCCACUUCGGCACGCAACCUGUGGCGCAAGUGGUACAACCAGGAAUCGCAUACCUUUGGUCUUGAAUGGACCGAGGACAAGCUGUUCACGUGGGAGCGCACGCCCGUGUGGAAGGUGCUCCAGACCAACUACGGCAAAGGCUUCUGGAACCGCGGCAAGUUCCCCAACCAGAUGGCCAACGGCACUAUACUCACCAACCCUUGGUCGGGCGCUCAGGGCAAGUACGCCAACGCUGCGCCAUUCGACCAAGAGUUCUUCCUGAUUCUCAACGUUGCCGUCGGUGGCACCAACGGCUACUUCAAAGACGGCAUGGGCGAUGACAAACCCUGGUCCAACGAUGCGAAGAAUGCCCGCGCCCAGUUCUGGGAGGCGAGGAAUCAGUGGCUCCCUACCUGGCCCAAGGAUCCUAAGCAGCGUGGCAUGGAAAUUGAGUACGUCAAGAUGUGGCAAAAGUGCUAA